CGUGUAUGGAGCUGCAUACGUGUAUCCCGCUCUUGGCACGUGCAUCACAUCGGCGCCACCCGUCGGAACGUCUGUUCUUCCCGCGGCAAUUUUUUUCGCCGCGUUUUUCGUCGCACUUGAGUCGCACAGUAGCGCUCGCGACUCGUUCCUCGAUAGUAGAUUGUUCGUCGCUCGUUUGAGAGAGUUUCGCGAGGGAAGGAAACAGAGAGGAAGCGAGCGAAGGAGAAAGGCAGAGAAAAACGCGUGUACGUAAACCGUAAGAAUCAACAAAUUCUCCAGCGAUGGCGACGAUACAGCUGGGUCUGGCACCGAGGACGAUCAAGUACUUGAUGUUCGCGUUUAACCUGUUCUUCGUGCUUACAGGAAUAGUGAUGCUAUCGAUCGGUUUGGUCAUCCAUGGAGUGUACUAUCAGUACCAGCAUUUCCUUGACAACAGGUUCUUCUCUGUGCCGUCUCUCCUCAUAGCCGUGGGCGCCAUCAUUUUCGUCAUCGCUUUCUUCGGAUGCUGCGGAGCCGCUCGCACAAACUAUUGCAUGAUUGUAACGUUCUGCACGCUUCUGGGUGCGAUUUUCCUCCUGGAGAUUAUAAGCGGUACGAUGGGAUACGUGAUGAGGGCGCAGGUGAAGUCAGUCAUGGAGGUAAAGAUGAUCGAAACAAUGCCGAAAUACAACAAGAACAAUACGGAGAUCCAAAUCGCCUGGGACACUAUACAACGAAAAUUCGAAUGCUGCGGCACGGUUAAUGCCACCGAUUGGAAGAUCCAUACAAAUCUAACGGGUCUUCCAGUGUCGUGCUGCGACAAUAUGAUAGGUGCUAUCGGCACAUCAAACUGCACCAUGGAGUCACCGAGUCUACAUCAUGCCGGCUGCGUGGAGGCGUUCGGAGACUUCGCAGAGAAACACGCGGGCAAGAUAGCAGGGGUCGGGAUAGGUCUUGGUCUAAUUCAGAUAGUAGGAAUCUUCUUGUCAGGCUACUUAGCAAACUCGAUCAGGAAUUCUUACCAGACUAUGUGAAGUGCCAUCCAUACAUCAAACGCACCGGAAGCAGUUAUAGAUUCCUAUAAGACGGUAGCUUCGAGCAAAAGCUCUUCAUUAGAAUUACUGCGAAAAAUGCAUCUGAUAAUUGAUCUGCUAUAUUAUAUACAAAUAUAUUAUUUGUCCUCAUAGAAUAGUAAAGUUAUUUUUACUACAUAUAUUUCGCUGUAUGAACCGUGUGUUUUUAAUAAAACUUUUACAUCAACAAGUGUUAACUUGC